GCGCGGUGUGCGCGCUUAUCCGUCCGAGCUGCUCUGCUAGUUAGUAAUAGAACGCUGAGCGGACAUGGCGGAGGGUGAGGGCGAGGGUGCUCCGCCAUCGCUACCGCCACCUCCGGCCAAACGCCUCUGUUCACGGGCUAAUCCGCCUUCCCAUGCUGCUCAGCAGCACCGGGGCACAUCAGGAGUUGGUCGACCCCAACAGUACCCUCAAUAUGAGCCGGAGUCGCUGCUGGACUGUGCAGCCAAGGCUGUGGCGGAGAAAUGGGCCUUCGAACGGGUGGAGGAGCGCUUCGAGCGCAUCCCAGAGCCGGUGCAGCGCCGCAUAGUGUAUUGGUCAUUCCCCAGAAACGAACGGGAAAUCUGCAUGUACUCUUCCUUCCAGUAUAGGGCCGAGGAGCAGGGCCCUGUUGGCUCGGGGAACGCGUCUGGGGGAACCUUGGGGAGCUCGGGGGUGAGCGGACAAAGCUCCGCUAUAAAUGGACUUGUAAACGCUGGAACUCCCGGGGCUGGAGGAGAGGGGUUGCCCUUUCGCCGCGGAAUCCGGCUCCUGGAGAGCGGCUGUGUGGAGAAUGUGCUGCAAGUUGGUUUUCAUUUGAGUGGCACAGUGACAGAGCCAGCAACACAGUCUGAUCCUGAAACCAUCUACAAAGUGGCCAUUAGUUUUGAUCGCUGCAAGAUCACCUCAGUCACUUGUGGAUGCGGGAACAGAGAUAUAUUCUACUGCGCCCAUGUAGUAGCACUGUCUCUCUAUCGCAUCCGCAAACCGGAUCAGGUCAAACUGCGUCUUCCCAUCUCAGAAACCCUCUUCCAGAUGAACCGCGACCAACUGCAAAAGUUUGUGCAGUAUCUCAUCACAGCCCAUCACACAGAAGUUCUUCCAACAGCACAAAAGUUGGCAGAUGAAAUCUUAUCCUCUAACUCUGAAAUUAACCAAGUACACGGUGCCCCUGAUCCAACAGCUGGCGCAAGCAUUAAUGAUGAGAACUGUUGGCAUUUGGAUGAAGAGCAAGUCAGGGAGCAGGUGAAGCUCUUCCUCUCUCAGGGAGGCUACUACAGUUCUGGGAAACAGCUCAAUUCCAUGUUUGCCAAGGUUAGAGAAAUGCUCCGUAUGAGGGAUUCCAAUGGUGCACGAAUGCUGACAUUGAUCACUGAACAGUUCAUGGCUGACCCUCGGCUAGCCCUCUGGAGGCAGCAGGGUACAGGAAUGACUGAUAAGUGCAGGCAGCUUUGGGAUGAGCUAGGGGCCCUUUGGGUUUGCAUUGUUCUGAAUCCUCACUGCAAACCAGAUGAAAAAGCCUGCUGGCUUCGGCAACUGCGAAAGUGGCAUGACAUGGAUGUCUGCCCCUUAGAAGACGGAAACUAUAGCAAUGACCUCCCUAACAUUACCAAUGCUUUACCACAAAAUAACGGUCACGAUUCUUUAGUAAGACCCAGAAGAACAGUAUUUACCCGGGCUAUUGAAGGUUGUGACCUGCACUGGCAAGAUAGCCACUUGCAGAGAAUUAUAAGUAGUGACUUCUAUAUGUCACCUUCCUUCCAAAGAGAUGGAGAGAGCUUACUCUUCAAUGCUCAGGGCCAACCCCUCUGGUUAGAGCAUGUUCCUACAGCAUGUGCCCGAGUGGAUGCCCUGAGAUCCCAUGGUUACCCCAAAGAGGCUUUACGCUUGGCAGUUGCCAUUAUAAACACCCUAAGAUUGCAACAACAGCGACAACUGGAAAUUUACAAGCAACAGAAAAAAGAACUGAUACAGAGAAAUUCCACCACAAUAACCAAUCUGGAGGGAUGGGUGGGACACCCACUUGAUCCUAUUGGCUGCUUAUUUACUACUCUUACAGAAGCAUGCUUGUCUGAUGAAGACAAUGCAAUGGAAGUUAUAGAUAGCAGUGAGUCCCGGCGGCCAGUCUAUCAGCAUAUAUGUGUACAAAAUGGCUCAGUUGAAAGUGGUGAAUCGUAUUUGUCCUUGGCACUGGAAGUAGCCCUCAUGGGCAUGGGCCAGCAAAGACUCAUGCCUGAAGGUCUGUAUGCUCAGGAUAAAGUGUGUCGUAAUGAGGAGCAAAUCAUUGGACGACUUCAGGAACUGGAACUGGAUGCCAUACUUGUACAGACACUCCGCAAGCAAUGCAUCCUGUUGCUUGAAGGAGGCCCAUUCAGUGGUCUUGGGGAGGUGAUACAUAGAGAGAGCGUGCCUAUGCAUACCUUUGCCAAAUACUUAUUCACUGCGCUGUUGCCACAUGAUUCGGAUCUGGCCUAUAAAUUGUCACUCAGAGCAAUGAGACUUCCAGUGUUGGAAAGCAGUGCUCCUUCUGUGGACGUAUCCCAUCCUCAUCAUAUUGUGUCUGUAGUGCCAAGCCGGUACCCCCGCUGGUUCACACUUGGCCAUUUAGAAUCACAGCAGUGUGAGCUAGCUUCUACCAUGCUGACUGCUGCAAAAGGUGACAUGCUGCGUCUGCGCACUGUGCUUGAGGCCAUACAAAGAAAUAUACAUUCUUCCUCACUUAUCUUUAAGCUGGCUCAGGAUGCUUUUAAGAUUGCUACCCCUGCAGACACCAGCUCUGACACCACACUUCUGAAUGUAGCAUUGGAACUGGGACUGCAGGUCAUGCGAAUGACUCUCAGCACCCUAAACUGGAGGCGGAGAGAGAUGGUGAGGUGGCUUGUGACUUGUGCCACAGAAGUUGGUGUGCGUGCACUAGUUAGCAUCCUGCAGAGCUGGUACACACUGUUCACACCAACAGAAGCAACAAGUAUUGUUGCAGCAGCAGCCACCUCUCACAGCACAGUCCUGCGACUCAGUCUAGACUAUUCACAGCGUGAGGAGCUGGCAAGCUGUGCACGGACUUUGGCCCUGCAAUGUGCAAUGAAAGAUCCACAGAAUUGUGCUCUGUCUGCUUUAACUCUUUGUGAAAAAGAUCACACUGCCUUUGAGACGGCCUAUCAGAUUGCUGUGGAUGCAGCUUCAGGAGGCAUGACUUACUCCCAACUCUUUACAAUUGCCCGUUAUAUGGAGCAUCGUGGCUACCCAUUGCGUGCUUUCAAGCUGUGCUCCCUGGCCAUGAGUCAUCUCAACUUGGCAUACAACCAGGACACACACCCAGCUAUAAAUGAUGUCUUGUGGGCAUGUUCCCUCAGCCACUCGCUUGGCAAGAAUGAGCUGGCAGCACUGGUACCUUUAGUGGUUAAAAGUGUGCAUUGUGCCACGGUGCUUUCAGAUAUUCUUCGCCGAUGUACAUUGACUGCUCCAGGGCUGGCUGGAAUUCCUGGCCGCCGGAACUCUGGCAAGUUAAUGUCAACAGACAAGCCACCUCUGCGGCAAUUGCUGGAUGCGGCAGUUGGAGCCUACAUUAACACCACCCACUCGCGCCUUACACACAUAAGUCCUCGACAUUAUGGGGAAUUUAUAGAGUUCCUCAGCAAGGCUCGGGAGACCUUCCUACUAGGGCAAGAUGGCUUGCUACAGUUUGCCCAGUUCAUAGACAAUCUGAAGCAAAUCUAUAAAGGAAAGAAGAAACUUAUGAUGUUGGUAAGGGAGCGCUUUGGAUAACUCGCCAGUCUAUUCUUGUCAUUUGUACGUUUCCAGACAACAUCUGUGAAAUUCCCUCUUUCUGAUCUCCUGGAUUACUUGCUCCUGAUAUUUAAUAGUCUGAGCCAUGACUAUCAGAAGAUGCCUCCCAGACUGCAUGAGACUUAUGUUACAUUUCAUUCUGGUGAAACUGUAUUAUUUUCUGAGGAACUGAUGAAGGGUCUUCUAAAUUACCUUAAAUUUUGGGGUAAAUGUGUCAUUAGUUGUUACAGGGUUGGUUGUUUACAUUGGAUCUUGUAAUAGGACCAACCUUGACAGAAUUAUCUCUUUUUGGGCUGGUUAUGCUUAGGUGGGCAGAAAUGAGCAUUGUGAAGCUUAAAGUAACUUCCACAAACAUCUUUGUCUUAAACUGUCAGGGCAUUAAUAGGUGUUCCUGUUGAACAAUAACUUUAUGUAAUAUUGGCAGCCUAAAGUAGUAGAAGAACAUUGCUGGUUGUUGUGUUUGUCAAACUUCUCUGGCAAAAUGUUAUUUGCUAGCAGAAGGGUGUAAAGAAAGCCAUGCAAUGAUGCAUGCAGAGCAUUAAGGUCCAGCAUUCAUUCAUAUUGAUAGCACUAAAAUACAUAUAUUCACUCCAAGUUCAUAUAGGAUUUCCUUCAGUUUAGGUAGUACACCAAGUGAUUGUAGCAUAAAAUGAGCAGCCACAAUCAGGACCAUAGUCAAUAAAUGCUGUACAGGUGUUGGAACCUUUUCAAUAACAAAAAAAUGUACAACAUAUAUUAAGUUCCUGCUUGUACUUUUAUGGAAGAAUCACUUGGUUCUCCCUAUGCUGAAGUUCUGGGGGCAUGUGCACCUAGACCCCAGUGAGUCUACUUAUUGUUCAGAAUAACCUAAUUCACUCUUUCAAGUUUACAUAUAGGAUUUCCUGCAAAAUAUUUUUGGAUAUAUCUACAGAAUUCAGAAUAACUUGUAAAUCUUCCUUCGAGAAUAUAUAUCCUCUAGAAUGUUGCUCCAAUCAGCAUAUCCACAGUGCUGUCAUUAAGUGUUGAUUGUAUUAUAUAAUCAACACCUAAUUUAAUGAUAUCAUUCUGGAUUAUGAUAAACAGAUUAUGCUGAUUGGAGCAACAUUCCAAAGGAAGAUUUAGAAGUUAUUCUGAAUUGAGAAAGUCAGUUGGAUGACUGGUGAAACAUCUUCAAGGAAAAAACACAGCAAGUCCAGUUGAUUUGACUUAUUUCUGUAGAUAUACCAUGACCUUGAUGAAUGAGAAUCUUCACAAACAUAUUUUUAGAUAUGUGGAUUACAGACGUUAAAGCUGUGGCUCUCUCUGCUAUUGAAAUUCAAUUCCCACAUUCCAUGAGCUCUAGGUUAACAAGAACAUUAGGUACCGUAAUUAGUCAACACCAAGAAAACACUUGUUCAACAAAUAGUCACUGUAACCAUGUCAUUUGAAAGUUCAAUUGAAUAUAGAAAACUUUUGUUGCCCUGAAAAUAUUGAACUAGGGAAAUCCAUGUUAAACAAUCCUGCCUAGAUAUGUGCCAGUCAGGUGGUUAGCUCCCAAUGAAAUAGCAGUGUUUGGCUUUUUUUUUUUUUAAUGAGAAGCCAACUGUGAGGCAAGAAUUGCGUUUCUUCUCAUUUUCUGCCAACUGUGUGCCCUUCAGUUCUUUUCGUUAUGGAAAGCCUUACCAAAGUCUGUAGUUUCUACACAUUCGUCUCUUCUUAAAGAGUUGAGAGAGGCAGAAUGCAUUCGGCUUAGAGAAAUUGACAUGCUUCUGGUCAAGAGCCAAAAUUUGGAAACAUCACUUUGCUGCUAGCUUGCAAAAACAUGUAUUUUACCGACACAUUCCUUAUUGGAUGAAAUCCUGUGAAAUCCACACUGACCAGAUUAGAUGGGUGUAUUAGUUUCAGUGGGCUUAUCUGUUGUUUUCAGAACUGUCAUUUUACUACAUGACUGCCACAAUACUAGGAAAAAAUUGUUCCUAUUAAAUUUUUAUUGAUUUACUUUUCGGUUUAGCAGCCUAGAAAAGGUUCUCUCUCAUUUUUUAGAUUUUGAUGUUCGAGUGUGACCAAAUGUAGAUCUGAGUUGUUUUAGUUAGGCAUUGACUGAAUGCUAAUCUUUAGUGAUAAGUGGGCGAUAUGAAAUUCAUGUAGUAGGGCUGGUGCUCAUAAUUGUGUUAUUAUGCCCUGUUGGCUAGGGGAAAUUACCAGCCAGGUGGCAACCCUAUUGCUGGCUUAGUGGAUAAAUGGCCAAAUUUAUCACCAACACAAAUGGUAUACACUGGUGUGAGGCACGCAGUUAGUAAUUGAACUGUGGGCUUAUGCCUGAUGUCAGGAAAGCCUCUUGUGAUUGGUCUCAUUUUAUUGGAAGGCACAGCCAAUGGUUUGGGAUUAUUUCAACCAGAUCUGCUCUCUAAAUUUGCCAGUAACUCUUCUUCUAUUAUAUCUGAUCGGUGCAAUCACUUGGUGAUACAGCAAGAGCUUACUGCUGCAAGAUGAGAGCAGACUGAUUGUCUGAGUGCAUUAGUAGCAUCAUAAUGAACCUGAUAAUUGUUCUAACAUAUGGCCUGGAUCAGCAGAAGAAUGUUCAAACCAUUAACCACUUGCCUUUAAGAUUUGUCCUUUGGCAAGGUAAAGCCAGGCUGACGUUAUACUUUGUAUUGUUAUUUCGAUAUUUUCCUGUAUUACAAUAAUGACAAAUGUAAAUUUGCAUUAACAAAGUAGUAAUCUCAUGUGCAAACAGCCAUUCAAAAGGAUCUAUUCACACAUAGUCACUGCAGAUCUAUGGAACUGGAAAAAGCAUGCUUUAGUGCUAUCUAUGGGACAUAUUCUCUUAAAUUCAUCAUUUCCCCAUUUUGAUUUGAACAAGGCCUGUCUCUCUGGAUCACAGUCACAGUGGAACUGCAAGCUGCUGUACAUCCAGGUAGCGCUAUGGCUGGAGCUUGUGGGAAGCCUUAUCAUCAAAUCAAACUGCUAUCACUGUCAGUAUGUUCAUGGCUCUGUCAUCAAUUCUAGUUGCAUUUCAAGAUCGCCUUACUUAUUAUCCUGCCCCCAUCUGGUCACGAUGGGAAGUGUUUCCCGCAUUCUCACUGAACAGACUGCAAUCCAAUCUCAGGGAACACUUAACACAAGAAAAUUGUGACAACAAAGCAUUUAUCUACCUGUAAAUACAAUAAUAUAUGUCACUUAUGAAAUGUAAUGUUCUAAUUAUUUAUAAAGGUUCUGUCUUUUCCACAGGGCUAAGGUGAACUUAAAUGCCUUUGCCAAGGUGGUGCUUUAAAUGCUUUGCUUUUCAGUGAGCUUUCUCAGGUGGUAGGAUGGAGUUGGUCAGGUACUGUGCAAUGAGGAUAGCUCUGGCAAUAAGUUCAGGAACUGUUGGCUAUCCCUGGGCAUAACCCCGAACAUGAAAAAGUGAGCAGGACUGUGCCAAGAAACUGUGUUUGCAAACAAACCCCCCCCAUCUAAUGUUGGAUCAUGUGACCUGAAGUGCUUUGCAACACUUGCUCCUUUACAUUUUUAGAGGCCAUUGCAAUAAAACUAAUGAACUUCACCCCCCCCCCCCAAUUAGGAGCCUGUUAAUUAUCGUCUCUUUUGAAACAAACGCUGGAUGUUGAAUGACAGGCUUGGAUUGGAGCUGAAGCCAACUGGAGAUGCAUUUCUUCUGACCUUGCAUAUAUACAUUGGCCAGUACAUAAUUCCCUUCCCACUGCCAUUUUUUUUUUAAUUUCAGCAUUCGCUAUGAAUGAGUUAAUAUGGACUGUGAGUUUUAGCAAUAAGCAAGGUGUAGUGAGAGCCAAGGCAAUGUGAGCCCAAAGUGAACAAUAUCCUGUGAAUGCUCUGUCAUUAGCUUCUCUGCACCACCUAUUUAUUUUCUCCUCACUCCAUUUCCCAGUUACCUGUCCUUGUCCUCAUUUCUUUACUGAUUUUGUUUUUGGGAGGGAGGUAAAAGAGUGGUCAAAUCCGGGCCCCCGAUUAUGGCCGGGAACUGCAGCCGUCACUGACCACUUUAUAAUGGUUUAGUUUUCUGUUUGUACUACUACUUUCACAUAUAAAGAUAAAAACCACACACUUUUCCUCAGUAUUCCUUGCCACAGACGUAUCCUGUAUCUGUUAUUUUAUUUUUACUGGUUUUAAUUUGUACUUUUGUUAUUUGUGCAGCCUCUUAAUGUUUGUUAAUAUUAAUAAGAAAAUGAACCCUAUUUAUGUAUUGCUGACACCAUUUUAUAUGAAUUGUGUUGAAAAUUUCAGUGCUUUUUUUAUGAAUAAAUUGUGAAUCACAAUAAUUAUA